AUGAACGGUGCCAGCAACUUGACGCUCGACAUGGUUCUGAACCCGGGCACGAUUGUCAACACCGAGCGCGAUGUGAUCCUCCUGCGGGCCGAGCUCAAGGCGACGCCUGAGGAGGACACCGAGAAACGCAAAAAACUAGAGGACAAAAUCGAAGAGAAGCAGAUGAAGAUCGUCAACGAGAUGAAACUCGUUAUGACCGACAACCUCAAAUUGGAGUUUUUGGUGCAGGCCAUCUUGUCCAUUGUUGCUUUUGGCUUCAUGUGCUACGAUGCCUUCCCAUGGAUACCCGACCUUACCUGGGCCGGCAUCAACAAAGUCGGUUCCAAGUUGGCGAUCAAGCUCUUCGGCGUAUGGGGUCUUUGGCUCUUUACAGUGCCUGCCCUGCGUGCACGAAAGCCUGGUGGACCGUGGGGGAUGGGCUACGAGGAGAAACGGGCCCUGGACAUCUCCUUCCUUGUGUUGCCCUUUGUCUGCAUAUUCGCGCCCGUUCUCUUCAAGGAUGCAGCAGUCACCUACUGGCUGUCCCUGAUUACUUUGGUUGGGCUCUACGGGUGGAGCUUCAACACGCCUUUAGAAGAUGAGAGCAAGAUCCAACGUGGAGCAGGGCAGGACCUGAACCUGCCCGAGCCUGUGAUGUGGGCAAUCAAGGCCCUGGACUUCGGCACGGGCUCCGAGAGAGGUGCACGCUCAGAAGACAAAUCGUGGCAGGAUCAGCUGGCAGCCUAUGAGAAGGCUGCCGAGGAGCUGGCUGCAAAAAAAGCAAACAGGAUGGCUGAAAGCCCGAAGUGA